GGGGCUCCCGUGGUGCAGGGCCGGAGGUCGUCGCUCAGCGGGGUGUGCUACCUGACCAUGGGGCUGCUCAUCCUGCUCCUGGGGCUGGUCUUCGCGUCGAUGUACGUGUACAGAUACUUCUUCAUCACCCAGCUGCCCCGUGAGAGCGUGUUUCACUGCGGUGUCCUCUACGAAGACUCCUUGUAUUCACCCUUCAAAGGGCAGCUGGAGCUGCACGAAGAUGUCAAGAUCUACCUUGAGGAGAACUACGAGCAAAUCAACGUCCCCGUGCCCCAGUUUGGGGGGAGUGACCCUGCGGAUAUCAUCCACGACUUCCAGCGAGGGCUGACAGCUUACCACGACAUAACUCUGGACAAGUGCUACGUCAUCGAGCUCAACACCACCAUUGUGAUGCCUCCUCGCAACCUCUGGGAGCUGCUGGUUAACGUGAAGAAAGGGACAUACCUGCCUCAGACAUACAUAAUCCGAGAGGAGAUGAUCGCCACGGAGCACGUCAGGGACAUGGAGCAGCUGGGCUCCUUCAUCUACCGCCUCUGCAGCGGCAAGGAGACCUACAGGCUGAAGCGGAGGGGCGCCAGGAGACGUAUCAGUCGACGUGAGGUUGGGAACUGUCAUCGCAUUCGUCACUUCGAGAACACUUUUGUGGUCGAAACUGUUAUCUGCAAGAAGUCAUGAAGCCUCUCUCCAGAUGUAACCCUCCUUGGCUUUGCUUGCACACGCGCACACACGCUCUCAGCCCUCUCUUUAGACAUGGUAACCUGUCUCACUUUUUUUACUUCCUCCCCUGCUUGUGCAGCUGUAAACUCUUGGGUCCGUUGUGGCCCCGCAGUGGAUUCUCUUCUCUCCCUGGUACUUACCUGAGGUGUUUGCUGGGCUUAAAUUUACACAGUGGUCAAAGAUAACCUGGGAGAAGAUGCAGCUUCCUCCACUCCACAGGAUGGGAAUCUCU